CCCGCCCCACUUCUCAUUCACUUGGCUCGCGCCGCGCAGACAGCGCAGGGAGCACACACCGCCAGUCUGCGCACAGAGCUGGAGCCAGAGGCGCGGGGAUACCGGGCUAUGCACGCCCCCAACUGAAGCAACACCUCAAAGCCACAGCUCCCAGCAGCCCAGCGGAUUUCAGAGAGCGCAGAGUCAGAAGAACCUCUGCGGAGAGACCCCCCUGGAAGCCUCCUGCAGGACGGUCCUUACCCCCACGCUCCGCUAGUGCAGACAGGAGCGCGCAGUGGCCCCAGCUCGCCGCGCCAUGGAGCGGAUCCCCAGCGCGCAACCACCCCCUGCCUGCCUGCCCAAAGCGCCGGGUCUGGAGCACCGAGACCUACCAGGGAUGGAUUUCCCCCACAUGUACCAGGUGUAUAAGUCGAGGCGGGGAAUAAAGCGGAGCGAGGACAACAAGGAGACCUACAAAUUGCCGCACCGUCUCAUCGAGAAAAAGAGACGUGACCGGAUUAACGAGUGCAUCGCCCAGCUGAAGGAUCUCCUACCCGAACAUCUCAAACUUACAACUCUGGGUCACUUGGAAAAAGCGGUGGUUCUUGAACUUACUUUGAAGCAUGUGAAAGCACUAACAAACCUAAUUGAUCAGCAGCAGCAGAAAAUCAUUGCCUUGCAGAGCGGUUUACAAGCUGGUGAGCUCUCAGGGAGAAACCUUGAAGCAGGUCAAGAGAUGUUCUGCUCAGGUUUCCAGACAUGUGCCCGGGAGGUGCUUCAGUACCUGGCCAAGCAUGAGAAUGCUCGGGACCUGAAGUCUUCACAGCUCGUCACCCACCUGCACCGUGUGGUCUCAGAGUUGCUGCAGGGCGGUACUUCCAGGAAGCCGAACGACCCAGCUCCAAAAGUGAUGGACUUCAAGGAGAAACCCAGCUCUCUGGCCAAAGGCUCGGAAGGUCCUGGGAAAAACUGUGUGCCAGUCAUCCAGCGGACUUUUGCUCACUCGAGCGGGGAGCAGAGUGGCAGUGACACGGACACAGACAGUGGCUAUGGUGGAGAAUCAGAGAAGGGAGACUUGCGCAGUGAGCAGCCCUUUUUCAAAAGCGAUCUUGGACGCAGGUUCGCCAUGGGAGAGAGGGUCAGCACUAUUAAGCAAGAAUCCGAAGAACCCCCUACUAAAAAGAGCCGAAUGCAGCUCUCAGAUGAUGAAGGCCAUUUCACUAGCAGUGACCUGAUCAGCUCCCCGUUCCUGGGCCCACACCCACACCAGCCUCCAUUUUGCCUGCCCUUCUAUCUGAUCCCACCCUCAGCAACUGCCUACCUGCCCAUGCUGGAGAAGUGCUGGUACCCCACCUCUGUGCCAGUGUUGUACCCCGGUCUCAAUGCCUCUGCUGCAGCCCUCACCAGCUUCAUGAACCCAGACAAGAUCCCAGCUCCCCUGCUCAUGCCCCAAAGACUCCCCUCUCCUUUGCCAGCCCAUUCAUCCGUUGACUCUUCUGCCUUGCUCCAGGCUCUGAAGCAGAUCCCUCCGUUAAACUUAGAAACCAAAGACUAAACUCUUGAGGGGAUCCUGUGCUUUGCUUUCCUUCCUCCCUACUUCCAAAAAAACAAACAAGAAAAUGUUUCUGUGAGUGUAGCGAGACUGUUCCAUGGUGUGCUGAGAUCACGUGAGGCAUGGAGAGAAGAUUCAGUGUGUGUAUGUGUGCGCGUGUGCGCUGUGACCCUAUGUGUUGGUAUAGGACACUGAAGUUCCUUUCUGUGUAAGGAAAACAAGAAGGAUUGCUUGACAUCAAGAUUGCGGGGGCGUCCUAGCAGACUUCUGGGCUUUUCCCCACCCAGAGACUCGUCCCCCCCCCCUUUCCCUUUGAUAAAGAUCAGCUGGAUUUUCAAAACCUCCAAAGUCUUGGUCUGUGAGUCACUCUUCAGUUUGGGAGUCGGGUCUGUGGCUUUGAGAAAAAGGUAGUUUCAAAGGAGGGUUUUCCGAAGCACAGCUCCCAGCCAGCUGUCAGGACCCCACCCUUCUCCCUUUAUUGUCGGCGUGACUCACCAGACUGCAGGAGAGAGCAAUCAGACAGCUUUCUGCGUAAGCAGUGAGGUAGCAGACACUGGUAUAGCACGGCAGAGGUUUGGGGAGAUUUUCGCAGGUCUGCUCCCCUCCCCUGCCUCCAAUGAAUAAACAGAAUGUAGUUCCCUACUCAGGCCUUCCUAGUGAUUAGCUUACUACGGAACUGAAAAUGGCUCCCUCGGACAAGCUGAGCUGCCAGGGAACGAGGGAGGAGUUCCCCGGGCCUCUGGCACCUGUUUCAAGGUCUCACCCUUAGUACUUGCUGCCCAGAAAACCAAACCGGGUUCUGAGAGAUGCAGACACCCCGAGUACCCCAGAAUGCACAGAGCCGAGGAGCAAACCCCUGCCUUAUGGCAAAGCUGAACUCGGUUUUCAGUUCUAUCCUAAAACUCCUUUAACCAAGCUUAGCUUCUCAAAGGCCUAACCGAGCCUUGGCACUGCAAGAUCCUUUCUGUAGGCUAAUUCCUUUUGCCUGACGGCAUAUGGAGUGUCCUUAUUGCUAAAAAGGAUUGUGCCUCCUUCAAAGAAGUUUUUAUUUUUGGUCCAGAGUACUCGUUUUCCUGACCUGUCCAGCUAGCUCUGCACCAGCUUUUCAAAAUGCACUAUGCUUGAUCGCCGAUCGUGUUUUAACUUUUUCUUUUCCUGUUUUUAUUUUGGUAUAAAGUCGUUGCCUUUAUUUGUAAAGCUGUUAUAAAUAUAUAUUAUAUAAAUAUAUUAAAAAAGGAAAAUGUUUCAGAUGUUUAUUUGUAUAAUUACUUGAUCUACAAAGUGAGAAAAAAAAAUGAAUGUAUUCCUGUUUUUGAAGAGAAGAAUAAUUUUUUUUCUCGAG